AUGGCGAGCAACCACCUUGUCGACAGUGCCUACGCCCCAGCACAUACCUACCACACCUCGAUUCCUCAGGGAUCUCACACCUUGAUGGUUCCCCCAGCCUCACUUGGAGACCGGCAAGCAAAGGCCUUUUCCCUCACACCGCCUACUGACCAUGAAUUUGAAGUGGGCGAGUUUGUCAGCCCAGGCUUCUUCACCCAAGUUGACCCGGCCUGCUUCUCGCACCAGUCGUUAGGUGGCACAUGGGUGUACGCUAUGCGGCGAGAAGCUCAGCAGAUUCUGUCCUUCCUGUACCUUGGUCCAUCAGUGGCAUGCAAAGACAAGGAGUUUUUGAAAAGGGAAGGUAUAACUUUGUUGCUGUCUAUCCGAGACAAAAGAUCAGUCCUUGCCCGCUUGAUGUCCGGCGCCAAAGUCGCUGAAGAUUUGGGGAUUCAGUCUGACUCGAUUGAUGUCGACGGCGAUUGGGACCUAAUUGCACACCUUCCUCGAGCGAUUCGUCGCAUAAACGAGCAUCUCGUCUCUGGCGCCUCGGCCCAGCCAGGACUGCCACCAAAAGUGAUCGUGUUCUGCGAAGCAGGUAAUGAAAAGUCUGCCACUGUUGCCAUGGCGUAUUUGAUGGUCAUGUUCAAUCUCGACAUGGCAAAUGCAAUGUGGAGUGUACAACACCGGCGGUUCUGCAUUAAUGUCGAUGAGGCUGUGCAGACCAUGCUCCUCUCAUUUGGGGCAAUCCUAGACGCGAAGAGACAAGUCACAAAGGCUCGUCGAGAGGAAAAAAAUAAUGCCGGUCCAGAUACGGCGCGAUUGCUUCCAGAAGACCAGGCCGCAAGAAUAAAACAGAAACGCAGUUUUGCUGACCGCGACGAUGUCUCUGGGGUUGAUGCUAAUGGGGACAUGGUCAUGGGUAGUGAUACAGCCACUGAGAACAAUUUGGGGCAUGUCAAACAAAAGCCAGCUCCUUUCAUAGACCGCAUGAAUUGA